AUGGAUGAAGGGACGUCGACUAGUAACAGUUAUGAGCGAGUAACAAGCAACCCCUUCAGGAUAUCUCUAGUCUAUGCGAGUCAUCCUUUAAAACUUUCCCGUCCUUUGGGCAACAUAUUCAACCUUCAAACUCCGGACGGCGGAAGAGCUUCGAAACCGCUGCUUCAUGAGUCGUAUGAGCGUUCAGGACCAGGCAUAGUCUCAUCACAGACAGCUUCCAACAGCUGGUCAAACAGUAACCACAAUAACGACUUCUCAGUAGGCACGAAUCAUUGCAGGGAGUCAAUUAGUUCUUCCAGGAGAUGCAAUGGUCAACAAAUAUGUGUCCAAAGAGAUCUUUCUAAUGACUUUAUGGAUGUAAAUAAGUACGAUGUACACGAAGAAGAACUACGUAUGCGAUCUCGAGAUAAUGGACGUGAAAUAACUAGCAGAACAGAUUUCUGUCCAUCUUCGCAGCACCUUACAUCCAGCAAUGUUCCAUUCGUCGAUGCCUUUCGACUCGACAGAGCAAGAACUUCCGAUGCUCUAUCUGUCCCAAAGCAGGAUCUGGGAAUUCCCAUCAGAAACGCAGCUGAUCUCAGCCCACAACGUCCUAAAAUGAAUGGGGCAUCACUUCAUAAACGCCAGCACUUCACUGAAGUCGUUGGAAGCAGUGCAGUGGCGCUGCCGGUUUCUCAAAAUGCCGUUAUUGAGAGCAACUAUCCCAGUACUUCUUUUUCACCGCCUGAACAAGUCCCACCAAAAGAACAAUGCAUUAGUUUGGAAGAUGUUGAAAUGCGAACAAUGACAAAGCACUGCGGGUAUAUCGCGAACAGUACACCACCAGAUGAAGGUUCUUUACCUCAAGUGAAAGACAUUGACUACUCCCUUUUUGACGAGUUCUUUGUGAGAAUCUGA